AUGGCGAACACCGAGGCAUCCACCGGAAAUAUGGCAGACUUCGGUGGCUUCGUGAAGGAUGAAGAAGAGGAACUUGAUCUCGAAGAGCUCGUUGAGCCGUGGCAUAGGUACGAAAGAGAGAACCAAAAUGUCUUGUAUCCUAUUCGCCUUGGCGAAGUACUCAACAAGAGGUACCUGGUUGAACAUAAACUUGGCUUUGGUGAAGGAUCGACUGUCUGGAUGGCUUUUGACCUGAAAGACAAGAAAAAUGUGGCUCUCAAAGUCAUGGCUCUGGGAAAAUGGGGCGACAACGAAAUUCGAAUUCAGGACGAGAUCAUCAAAACGGUACGGGAUACCUCUCGCUUGGUGAUAUAUGAGGCGACUUUCUCUCUAUUCAUAGAUGAUAAAAGCUGCUAUAGGGUCUUAGUGUUCCCCAUGAAAGGGCCAUCCAUCUGCACCUUGACCCUAAAAAGUAUUCCAAUGGCCUCUCGCAUGUCUGCCGCUCGACAAUUACUAGAGACGGUGGCAGCUUUGCAUGAAGCCGGAAUAAUACAUCGCGUUACUCGGUCGGCCCUUAAAACAGACAAUACCGUUUGUCGACCUCUGGAAAAGGGUGAGCUUGUUAGCCCUAUCAGGUUUCCAGAAGACCUCCGCACAGACGAAUUCUAUCUCUGCGAUUUUGGUUUAGCAAAGAAAAUUGGCGACCUCUCCAGUCAACACGGCUACCCCCCUAUGCAUUAUUGCUCUCCAGAUCGACUCCAUAAGCAAGAGCCGAGCUUCGCUUGCGAUAGUGUGGAGCUAUAUGGUUGUUUUCUCUAUGCUCUACCUUACAUUUCCUCCGUUUCCCACAUUUCUCGAGGGUGGAGUUGUGAGUGGUAUGGUCGAAUGCUUAGGCACCCUACCUAA